AUGUUCGCCGCACGCGCACUUGCUCGUGCUGCGCGCGCCCCCCGUCCCUCGUAUGCCGCGCGGUCCUUUGUCACCUCCCAUCCCGCACGCUCGGACGCUCUCUUCGUCCACCGCGACACUCCCUACAAUAACCCGAAGAUUCCUUUCGAGUUCACCCCGGACAACCUAAAGCGUGCGGAGGACAUCAUCUCCCACUAUCCCCCCCAGUACAAGAAGGCCGCCGUGAUCCCCCUCCUCGACCUCGGCCAGCGGCAGAAUAAGGGAUGGACGUCCAUCUCCGUCAUGAACUACGUCGCUAAGCUCCUGGGCAUGCCUCCCAUGCGCGUCUACGAAGUCGCGACCUUCUACACCAUGUUCAACCGUGAGCCCAUAGGCGAGCACUUUGUACAGGUCUGCACGACAACACCCUGCAUGCUUCGCGGUGCGUACGACAUCCUCGACACCGUCUGUAGCCAUCUAGGCGGUAUCAAGCCGGGCGAGACGACCAAGGAUGGCAAGUUCACCGUCAUCGAGGUCGAGUGCCAGGGCGCGUGCAGUAGUGCCCCCAUGCUUGUUGUUGGGGAUGACUUCUACGAGGACCUCACGGCCGACACCACCCGCAAAAUCCUCGACGCGUUCAAGAACGGCCAGAAGCCUAAACCCGGCCCUCAGAGUGGACGCCACACGGUGGAGAACUCAGCCGGGCUCACCGCGCUCACGGAGAAGCCUUACGGGCCCGGAGAGCACUGUCAGCCAGACUUCGCAUAG